AGGCUGCCACCGACGCGCUGGACAAGGGCCUGACGCCCGAGGAGGCGGCCGAGGCGGCGGAGGCUGCCGCCGACGCCGUGGAGAAGGCGCUCGACGACGACUUGUCGCCUGAUGCGGCCGAUGCGGCUGCGGAGGCUGCCACCGACGCGCUGGAGAAGGGCCUGACGCCCGAGGAGGCGGCCGAGGCGGCGGAGGCUGCCGCAGACGCCGUGGAGAAGGCGCUCGACGACGACCUGUCGCCUGAGGCGGCCGAUGCGGCUGCGGAGGCCGCCGCUGACGCGCUGGAGAAGGGCCUGACGCCCGAGGAGGCGGCCGAGGCGGCAGAGGCUGCCGCAGACGCCGUGGAGAAGGCGCUCGACGAUGACCUGUCGCCUGAGGCGGCCGAUGCGGCUGCAGAGGCUGCCGCCGACGCGCUGGAGAAGGGCCUGACGCCCGAGGAGGCGGCCGAGGCGGCGGAGGCUGCCGCCGACGCCGUGGAGAAGGCGCUCGACGACGACCUGUCGCCUGAGGCGGCCGAUGCGGCUGCGGAGGCCGCCGCUGACGCGCUGGAGAAGGGCCUGACGCCCGAGGAGGCGGCCGAGGCGGCAGAGGCUGCCGCAGACGCCGUGGAGAAGGCGCUCGACGAUGACCUGUCGCCUGAGGCGGCCGAUGCGGCUGCGGAGGCUGCCGCCGACGCGCUGGAGAAGGGCCUGACGCCCGAGGAGGCGGCCGAGGCGGCGGAGGCUGCCGCAGACGCCGUGGAGAAGGCGCUCGACGACGACCUGUCGCCUGAGGCGGCCAAUGCGGCUGCAGAGGCUGCCGCCGACGCGCUGGAGAAGGGCCUGACGCCCGAGGAGGCGGCCGAGGCGGCGGAGGCUGCCGCAGACGCCGUGGAGAAGGCUCUCGACGAUGACCUGUCGCCUGAGGCGGCCGAUGCGGCUGCAGAGGCUGCCACCGACGCGCUGGAGAAGGGCCUGACGCCCGAGGAGGCGGCCGAGGCGGCGGAGGCUGCCGCCGAUGGAGAAGGCGCUCGACGACGACCUGCCGCCGCUGACGCGCUGGAGAAGGGCCUGACGCCCGAGGAGGCGGCUGAGGCGGCGGAGGCUGCCGCAGACGCCGUGGAGAAGGCGCUCGACGACGACCUGUCGCCUGAGGCGGCCGAUGCGGCUGCGGAGGCCGCCGCUGACGCGCUGGAGAAGGGCCUGACGCCCGAGGAGGCGGCCGAGGCGGCGGAGGCUGCCGCAGACGCCGUGGAGAAGGCGCUCGACGAUGACCUGUCGCCUGAGGCGGCCGAUGCGGCUGCGGAGGCCGCCGCUGACGCGCUGGAGAAGGGCCUGACGCCCGAGGAGGCGGCCGAGGCGGCGGAGGCUGCCGCAGACGCCGUGGAGAAGGCGCUCGACGACGACCUGUCGCCUGAGGCGGCCGAUGCGGCUGCGGAGGCCGCCACCGACGCGCUGGAGAAGGGCCUGACGCCCGAGGAGGCGGCCGAGGCGGCGGAGGCUGCCGCAGACGCCGUGGAGAAGGCGCUCGACGACGACCUGUCGCCUGAGGCGGCCGAUGCGGCUGCGGAGGCCGCCGCUGACGCGCUGGAGAAGGGCCUGACGCCCGAGGAGGCGGCCGAGGCGGCGGAGGCUGCCGCAGACGCCGUGGAGAAGGCGCUCGACGACGACCUGUCGCCUGAGGCGGCCGAUGCGGCUGCAGAGGCUGCCGCCGACGCGCUGGAGAAGGGCCUGACGCCCGAGGAGGCGGCCGAGGCGGCGGAGGCUGCCGCCGACGCCGUGGAGAAGGCGCUCGACGAUGACCUGUCGCCUGAGGCGGCCGAUGCGGCUGCAGAGGCUGCCACCGACGCGCUGGAGAAGGGCCUGACGCCCGAGGAGGCGGCCGAGGCGGCGGAGGCUGCCGCAGACGCCGUGGAGAAGGCGCUCGACGACGACCUGUCGCCUGAGGCGGCCGAUGCGGCUGCGGAGGCCGCCGCUGACGCGCUGGAGAAGGGCCUGACGCCCGAGGAGGCGGCCGAGGCGGCGGAGGCUGCCGCAGACGCCGUGGAGAAGGCGCUCGACGAUGACCUGUCGCCUGAGGCGGCCGAUGCGGCUGCAGAGGCUGCCGCCGACGCGCUGGAGAAGGGCCUGACGCCCGAGGAGGCGGCCGAGGCGGCGGAGGCUGCCGCCGACGCCGUGGAGAAGGCGCUCGACGACGACCUGUCGCCUGAGGCGGCCGAUGCGGCUGCGGAGGCCGCCGCUGACGCGCUGGAGAAGGGCCUGACGCCCGAGGAGGCGGCCGAGGCGGCAGAGGCUGCCGCAGACGCCGUGGAGAAGGCGCUCGACGAUGACCUGUCGCCUGAGGCGGCCGAUGCGGCUGCGGAGGCUGCCGCCGACGCGCUGGAGAAGGGCCUGACGCCCGAGGAGGCGGCCGAGGCGGCGGAGGCUGCCGCAGACGCCGUGGAGAAGGCGCUCGACGACGACCUGUCGCCUGAGGCGGCCAAUGCGGCUGCAGAGGCUGCCGCCGACGCGCUGGAGAAGGGCCUGACGCCCGAGGAGGCGGCCGAGGCGGCGGAGGCUGCCGCAGACGCCGUGGAGAAGGCUCUCGACGAUGACCUGUCGCCUGAGGCGGCCGAUGCGGCUGCAGAGGCUGCCACCGACGCGCUGGAGAAGGGCCUGACGCCCGAGGAGGCGGCCGAGGCGGCGGAGGCUGCCGCCGAUGGAGAAGGCGCUCGACGACGACCUGCCGCCGCUGACGCGCUGGAGAAGGGCCUGACGCCCGAGGAGGCGGCUGAGGCGGCGGAGGCUGCCGCAGACGCCGUGGAGAAGGCGCUCGACGACGACCUGUCGCCUGAGGCGGCCGAUGCGGCUGCGGAGGCCGCCGCUGACGCGCUGGAGAAGGGCCUGACGCCCGAGGAGGCGGCCGAGGCGGCGGAGGCUGCCGCAGACGCCGUGGAGAAGGCGCUCGACGAUGACCUGCCGCCGGCUGACGCGCUGGAGAAGGGCCUGACGCCCGAGGAGGCGGCCGAGGCGGCGGAGGCUGCCGCAGACGCCGUGGAGAAGGCGCUCGACGACGACCUGUCGCCUGAGGCGGCCGAUGCGGCUGCAGAGGCUGCCACCGACGCGCUGGAGAAGGGCCUGACGCCCGAGGAGGCGGCCGAGGCGGCGGAGGUUGCCGCCGACGCCGUGGAGAAGGCGCUCGACGACGACUUGUCGCCUGAGGCGGCCGAUGCGGCUGCGGAGGCUGCCGCCGACGCGCUGGAGAAGGGCCUGACGCCCGAGGAGGCGGCCGAGGCGGCGGAGGCUGCCGCAGACGCCGUGGAGAAGGCGCUCGACGACGACCUGUCGCCUGAGGCGGCCGAUGCGGCUGCAGAGGCUGCCACCGACGCGCUGGAGAAGGGCCUGACGCCCGAGGAGGCGGCCGAGGCGGCGGAGGCUGCCGCAGACGCCGUGGAGAAGGCGCUCGACGACGACUUGUCGCCUGAGGCGGCCGAUGCGGCUGCGGAGGCUGCCGCCGACGCGCUGGAGAAGGGCCUGACGCCCGAGGAGGCGGCCGAGGCGGCGGAGGCUGCCGCAGACGCCGUGGAGAAGGCGCUCGACGAUGACCUGUCGCCUGAGGCGGCCGAUGCGGCUGCGGAGGCUGCCGCCGACGCGCUGGAGAAGGGCCUGACGCCCGAGGAGGCGGCCGAGGCGGCGGAGGCUGCCGCCGACGCCGUGGAGAAGGCGCUCGACGACGACUUGUCGCCUGAGGCGGCCGAUGCGGCUGCGGAGGCUGCCACCGACGCGCUGGAGAAGGGCCUGACGCCCGAGGAGGCGGCCGAGGCGGCGGAGGCUGCCGCCGACGCCGUGGAGAAGGCGCUCGACGAUGACCUGUCGCCUGAGGCGGCAGACGCGGCGGGAGAGGCCGCUGCUGAUGCGAUUGCCAAGGGCAUGACGCCCGAAGAAGCCGCCGCCCUAGCUGAGGCUGCCGCCGACGCCGCGGAGAAGGCGCUUCCGGAGUGCGUGACCAUUGCGAAGAUGAAGGAGACCAUGAAUGCGUGGAUCAAGGACGAGUCUCACCUGGCUGACGGCGAGGCCAAGCUCAGCAAGCUCCUGGAGGACAACGGCUACGUGGAGCCUUACGACUUCCGGUACUCGAGCUGGUCGGCGGUCUCCGACGGGAACGCCUACACCGCGACCUACUCGGCUAAGGCGUCCUGCGACACGGCAGAGUGCCAGGCGGCUAACCCAACAUGGAAGGAGGAGCUGACCGUGCCCCUCGGAGAGGACAGCUUUACCGUGUGCAAGGAGGGCGUGGCUGAAGAGGUCGCAGACGCUGCUACGGAGGCUGCUGCCGAUGCGAUUGCCAAGGGCAUGACGCCCGAGGAGGCGGCCGAGGCGGCGGAGGCUGCCGCAGACGCCGUGGAGAAGGCGCUCGACGACGACCUGUCGCCUGAGGCGGCCGAUGCGGCUGCAGAGGCUGCCACCGACGCGCUGGAGAAGGGCCUGACGCCCGAGGAGGCGGCCGAGGCGGCGGAGGCUGCCGCAGACGCCGUGGAGAAGGCGCUCGACGACGACCUGUCGCCUGAGGCGGCCGAUGCGGCUGCGGAGGCUGCCACCGACGCGCUGGAGAAGGGCCUGACGCCCGAAGAGGCGGCCGAGGCGGCGGAGGCUGCCGCAGACGCCGUGGAGAAGGCGCUCGACGAUGACCUGUCGCCUGAGGCGGCCGAUGCGGCUGCAGAGGCUGCCACCGACGCGCUGGAGAAGGGCCUGACGCCCGAGGAGGCGGCCGAGGCGGCGGAGGUUGCCGCCGACGCCGUGGAGAAGGCGCUCGACGACGACUUGUCGCCUGAGGCGGCCGAUGCGGCUGCGGAGGCUGCCGCCGACGCGCUGGAGAAGGGCCUGACGCCCGAGGAGGCGGCCGAGGCGGCGGAGGCUGCCGCAGACGCCGUGGAGAAGGCGCUCGACGACGACCUGUCGCCUGAGGCGGCCGAUGCGGCUGCAGAGGCUGCCACCGACGCGCUGGAGAAGGGCCUGACGCCCGAGGAGGCGGCCGAGGCGGCGGAGGCUGCCGCAGACGCCGUGGAGAAGGCGCUCGACGACGACUUGUCGCCUGAGGCGGCCGAUGCGGCUGCGGAGGCUGCCGCCGACGCGCUGGAGAAGGGCCUGACGCCCGAGGAGGCGGCCGAGGCGGCGGAGGCUGCCGCAGACGCCGUGGAGAAGGCGCUCGACGAUGACCUGUCGCCUGAGGCGGCCGAUGCGGCUGCGGAGGCUGCCGCCGACGCGCUGGAGAAGGGCCUGACGCCCGAGGAGGCGGCCGAGGCGGCGGAGGCUGCCGCCGACGCCGUGGAGAAGGCGCUCGACGACGACUUGUCGCCUGAGGCGGCCGAUGCGGCUGCGGAGGGCUGCCGCUAA